UAAUUACAAACCUUUUGAGAUACUUAUAAAAAUGAAAACUUUAGGACUUGUGUUCCUCAUAACAUUGCUGUUCAGCCACAGCAAUGCAGUGACAGUGAAUCUACACGCCUCUGCAGGAAGAUCUUUUGACAUUACUUACUCAACCCCAGAGUUGGAUGAAACUUUGAGGGUUGGCUUUACAGCCAACCUUAACUCAGCCAUGACUAGUGGAAAUGUAGCCUCAGUGAUCUGCAUGAGAGCUGAUGAUCUUACUUACACUAUCUCAGAUGGUACCUCAACCAAUGCAUUUGGAUUCAUGUUCGGUUGUUCUCAAUCAAUCUGCACUGAUUCUCUAGAUCUGAGUGCUAACCUUAUUGGAGGAACUGUUUCUUAUAGUUCAAACACUUACACCUGGAGAACAGGGACAGAUGUCAGCAAUACAAAUAGAGGAAACACUGGAACAGCCACAGAGCCAACUUCAACGUUUGGAUUAAGAGCUGAUUCUGAAAUUUGGUCUAACAUUCCAUUAGAAGAUACUACAGCAUACUUAAGAUGAUGGGGAAGAUACAAUGUAGCUUCUGCUACUGGAACCAUCAAUUCACCAGCCCUUGAUGUAUCAAGCUGGCCUGUUAGUUCAGAGACAGUUUCAGUUACUACAGCUCAACUCUCUGCUACUACAACAACCUCAAGCUCAACUAGCGGUGCUUAUGAAAAACUCUCAUAUGGGCUUAUCUUUUUGGUGUCAACCAUAACAGCUAUCAUGUAUUAAUUAUAAUAUUUGCAGGUUUCCGGUCAAAAUUCAA